AUGAAAAGACAAAAGCCACCUCGCAAAAAUCCGCAUCCCGUUCGAUCACCAUCAAAAGAGGAUUUCUCUGAUUCUAGCAUCAAUUUCACAUGCCAAGUCUAUAAUAUAUAUAUGCAAAAUCCACGCCUACUCUUGGACUCUAAUACUGUUCAUAGUUAUUCAAGAUCAAAACAUGAAAAUUUAGUCAAGAGUUCGAUUGACAAGACUAAACCACCACUACAAUUACAAAAGCCUGUUUCACGAUUAUUACAUGAGAUUGAGUCUUUGGAAUACAAUCAAGGACUUCUCGACCAUAUCAAACGACCAAAGAUUAUUUGGAAGGGAAUGCCACAUGAUAUAAGGAAUGAAUCUUAUUUUGAGAUGUUACAUCAUGUCGAGGCUCAAGUCGUGUCAACUUUACGAAUGACACCAAUUCAAUAUCUGAAUACGAAACUAGCUAUUUUGUCAGUUGCAAGAGAAUUUGAAGAUCGAGGAUUGUCGUUUCGUAAGGUUGACGCGCAGCGUGCUGUCAGAAUUGAUGUCAAUAAAGCGUGCAAGUUAUGGGAGUUUUUUCAUGAUGUCGGAUGGUUUUGA